AGGGCAGUUUGGGCAGUUGGACCCUCGGAUUCCCCAAAUUAAGACUUCCAGUCCCGAGAAAAGGCCAUAGGCAGAUAGAAGUGCAGCCGGUUUCGUUUUUCACCUCCUUCCAUUUUUUAAUGUGACAGACCCCCACCAUGGAAGAGAUAAUAGAAGAUCCCCCCACAUCAGCUGUCAUGCUGGAUCACUGUCAUUUCUCCCAGGUCAUCUUUAACAGUGUGGAGAAGUUCUACAUUCCUGGAGGGGAUAUCACAUGCCAUUAUACCCUCACCCAGCAUUUUAUUCCCCGUCGAAAGGAUUGGAUUGGCAUCUUUAGAGUGGGAUGGAAAACAACCCGUGAGUAUUAUACCUUCAUGUGGGUUACUUUGCCCAUUGACGAAAACACCGAAUCAGCCAAACAGCAGGAAGUCGAAUUUAAAGCUUAUUACUUGCCCAAAGAUGAUGAGUAUUACCAAUUCUGCUAUGUGGAUCAAGAUGGUGUGGUCCGGGGAGCAAGUAUCCCUUUCCAGUUCCUUCCUGAAAAUGAGGAAGACAUACUGGUUGUUACUACGCAGGGUGAGGUGGAAGAGAUUGAACAGCACAACAAGGAGCUUUGCAAAGAAAACCAGCAGCUGAAGGACAACUGUAUCAGCCUCCAGAAGCAGAACUCAGACAUGCAGGCUGAGCUCCAGAAGAAGCAGGAGGAGCUAGAAACCCUAAAGAACAUUAAUCAGAAGCUGGAACAGAAAGUCAGAGCACAGAAGGACUGUUGGGAGACAGAGCUGAUUCAACUGAAAGAGCAAAACCAGAAGAUGUCCUCAGAAAAUGAGAAGACAAAAAUCAGCGUAGAUCAGCUUCAGGCACAGCUGUCAAAUCAAGAGAAAGAAAUGGAGAAGCUUGUCCAGGGGGAUCAAGAUAAGACAGAGCAGUUGGAGCAUCUGAAAAAGGAAAAUGGCCAGCUCUUACUCAGUUUAACUGAACAGAGAGAGCACCAGAAGAAGCUCGAGCAGACAGUGAAGGAGAUGAAGCAGAAAGAAACGACCGCAGUGAAGCAGCAGCAGGAGUUAACGGACCAGAACUUGGACUUGUCAAAAAGGCUGAGUGAGAACAAGAUUAUAUUUAAUGCUCUGCAGAAAGAGAAAGAGACAAUGGAAAAAGAAAAUGAUCUUUUGAAGAGGGAUAACAGCAGAUUGAUGAGUUACAUGGGUCUGGAUUUUGACUCUCUGUCAUUUCAAACACCUACUUCAAAUCAAGGAGGUGCAGGACAAAACGCAGGACUUGCCUAUGGAAACCCAUAUUCUGGUAUCCAGGAAAGUUCCGCCCCCAGCCUGCUUUCCAUCAAGAAAUGCCCCACCUGCAAGUCAGACUUUGCUGAUGACAUUUUUGAUCACACCUUGGAGCAGCAGCAUGUGCAGACCCUUUGUUUGAAUUGUCCAGUUUGUUACAAGACCUUCCCAGCAAAAGAGAAGCAGAUCUUUGAAGACCAUGUGUUCUGUCACACUCUAUAAGUGUCCCAGCCUCAUGGGUCUUUAUUGCACAUAGAUUUUAUAAAGUAGAGCCUAUAACUUCUACUAUGAGGUAUGACCCAAGAUCCUCCCUAACCUGAGAUUACUAGGGAUUUAGUCUUGCUACCCUAAAGUUGGAGUCACGUUGUUUAUCUGAAGAAUAGUGUUAAGGGCUGUUAGUUCCAUUCCUGUGGGUUCCUACCUUUUAAAUAAUAACUCUAGCGGUGUCAGCCUCUCGCCUAUGGUGCCCAUUCUUCCGAGGGUCCCCAGUACGAGGACCCUGGGAUGGAACAACAGGCCUAACUUGAGUACUAAGUGAUUUGUUUUCCAAGUUGUCCCACUGCCUUUCAAGGGCAGGCCUUGAGUGUAUUGUUACUCAGUUCUCAGGCCUAACCCUGGGGCUGGAGACAGACCAGAAAUAGAGAACUGCCGCCUCAGGCCUCUGGCCCACUGACUGCAUUAGGCUACCAAACGGCGUGGCAGAGAGCCCAGACACCCCGUUUGGACACCGGGGUUUUCUCAUCUUGGUUUCUCAGCUUGCAACACAAGCAUCUCAUUCCUGAACUGUGAGGCGAAAUAUUAUUUCUAUUACAGAAACCCUUUUUUCUCUCUGGUAUUCUCUAAUUGGCAUUUUCUACUCUUUGAUCUUUUCAAUGCAUGUAACUUUUAUUGUUGUAAGUCCUUUCUUAGUGGUUAGUAGGAGUUGUUAGAAACUAUGGUUUGCAACUUUCUGAGCAGGUGAGUUUGAAUAUGGAUAAGUCAGAAUAAUGAGAACUAUUGUUCAUCUCUUUAAGACUAAAAAUAAACGAGUCCUCUACUUCAGGGACUUUGGCAAUUUAAAAUAAA